UCAACCGUCCAUUUCUCAGACAAUUCUCUGCAACAAACAAAACCCCAUAUUUCUUAUUUUUACGUUUUCCAAUUCAACUCCCAACAUAUUCCAAGAAAAUGGAGUCAGAAACUCAGCACUUAUUAAGAUAAGAGAGAGAGAGAGAAAAAUAAAAACUGCAACUUCUCAAUUUUUAAGAAACGAAACAUUCAAAAUCAAUAAACUUUAGCAUAAAGCAAUAACACCCCAUUUUCUGAUUUUCUAUAUCUAGCUGAAACUACAAAAAAAAAAAAACAGUAAGAAGUAUAAUAAAAAUGGGAGAAGCAGCUAAUAAUUCUGGGAGUGGAAGUUCUUUUGAUGGGUUUUCUCCUGUUUCUGAUACUCGUGUUUUCUGGCAAUCUCGUAAAAAGCGUGCUAGCUCACUGAAUGAGGCCAAGCCAAGAGAUGAGCCAAUGUUUGAAACGCCUCCAAAACAGGGAAAUCCAACAGAAGAGAAUAAACUGGACUCAACUCCUCCAGAUACUGUUCUUUCAGAGAAAAGGAAGGCUCUCUUUGAACCACUAGAACCCAUUGAUAAUAUCUCAAGAAAACGACCCUCAAACGAGAGCUUACUUCCUCCUCCAGACUUUGACUCAACAAUAUAUCCAAAGGGCUGGUUGAUAGGUAAAAAGAGGAAGCUAGUAAAUGUCGAUGUUGUUGAGAGCAUGCGGAGGAUUGCCAUCCAGGAAAUGAAUCGCAAGGAUCGUGAAAUUGAUGGAUUAAGUGAACAACUGGACGAGGAUUCACGGGUUCUAGAGCACCUACAAAUUCAGCUUCUAGAAGAGAAAAGGAAGCGUACUGAUGUUGAGAGAGAAAAUACAAUGCUUCAGGAUCAAAUUAACAUGUUGAUGAACAUGCUGCAGGAAAAUGAAGCUGCAGGCGAGGAGGGUGCAGAUGAGCCUUAGUUAGUAGGUCUCAACUCUUGAGCAAGAUUAUAAUUCUUUUGUAUAGGUUUUUCUUGGGUUACAGUAGAAGGUAAGUGGUGUUAAGUUAGUUGCUGCAUGGAAUUUACUGUUGUUUGUUUGGUUGCUGCAAUUCGUUUUACAAUAAACAAUUGUACUCUUUUAGUAUGUACAAUGUAUUUGCAGUAAAUAUCUGCUUCCAGAAGACAAUAUACUGUUAAUGUAUGGUCUGCAAGUGCAAAUAAACAGCUGGUGUAAAUAAUUCUUCUUGUUGCCA